AAAUAUUCUGCAGAAGAGGAAAAUAUGAGCGAACUACAGAGUGCUCCAGAACAAAUGGCUGCUGGGAAAAGCCAUGGAGGAAUUGGGGGUAACUACAAGAUCACUCUGUAUGAACUGGAGAAUUUCCAGGGAAAAAAGUGUGAGCUGACUGGGGAAUGCAAGAAUCUCAGCGAGAAAGGCCUGGACAAAGUUGGAUCCAUCAAAGUCGAGUCUGGACCAUGGCUGAGCUUCGAACGCCAAUCAUAUGGGGGUGAACAGUUUGUGCUGGAAAAAGGAGACUAUCCCCGAUGGGACACUUGGUCUAACAGCCACAGGAGUGAUUACAUGAUGUCCAUCCGUCCCCUGAACAUUGACAGUGCUGAACACAAGAUCUACUUGUUUGAAAAUACUGGUUACAAUGGAAGAAAGAUGGAGAUUGUGGACGAUGAUGUACCCAGCCUAUGGGGUCACGGAUUUCAGGACCGUGUAGCCAGUAUUAAAGUUUUAAAUGGAACCUGGGUGGGCUAUGAAUACCCUGGCUAUAGAGGAAAUCAGUAUGUAUUUGAGAAGAAUGAAUACCGACACUGGAAUGACUGGGAAGCCAACCAACCUAAAAUCCAGUCAGUGCGCCGUAUCCGUGAUAUGCAGUGGCAUAAGCGUGGCUGUUUUACUGCAACCCCAGCAACAGCCCCAGCUCCAGCUCCUGAACGAGCUCCUGCACCUACCAGCAGCUGAAGGAGAGUCAAGCAUAUACUCCAACCCUCAUCUUCUUCUGCAGAGAAGCAUAGCAAGAAGAGACGCACAAAAUGAUUUCACAGCUUCACAAUGUCUCUUAAAUGUGUCAGUCCAAAACUUUAAAUAAAAGUACUGGACUACAGAGUU